GUGGCAAGUUAAGAAGAUCAUCCAUGCACUUGUAAAGCUGUUCUAAUCCAAGAAGGCCACUGCUAAUUGUAGCUGCUUCUGGAGUAGCUGAUACUUGUAAUGCUUUGAGCAUGGAAAGAAAACUCAACCUUGUUCUGGCCAGAAUAAGCUCUAGACUUGGUUAUAUAUUGGCAGAUUGGAUGGCCUGGAACAAAUGCUGUGGAUCUCCCUUCAACUGCAUUAAUAAAAGGGUUUGUGGCAAGUUAAGAAGAUCAUCCAUGCACUUGUACAGCUGUUCUAAUCCAAGAAGACCACUGCUGAUUGUAGCUGCUUCUGGAGUGACUGAUACUUGUAUUGUUUUGAGCUUGGAAAGUAAACUCAAGCUUGUGUUGGCUAGAAUAAGUUCUAGACUUGGUUAUAUAUUGGCAGAUUGGAAGGCAUGGAGGCUUGGAACAAAUGCUGUGUAUCUCCCUUCAACUGCAUUAAUAAAAGGUGUUGACUGUAUAAUGUGCUAUCAUUGUUGAUCUGGUGAAGAUUAUGCUUCCUCCUACCUGCCAGGCACCAGAAGGUUUAUACCCAUCAUAACAGAAGAGUAACAUAAUCAUCAUGACAAUUUUGUUUCAAUCUGUAGAUUUAUUGGCUCUCUGCCAACCCAACAUUUUGCACGAGGGAGGAGUAGAAAUCCUUUCUUAUGUGCACGUAUGGCUGGUCAGAAUCGGUGGUUUUGCCAGCACAAGACUUUGGAGAUGCUGUGGCUAAAGAAAUAUAAGAAGAUCUUCAUUUCCCACGAACGGGUUUUCUGCUUUGACAUAUUGGUAUUGGGAAACCCACACACACGUGUACACGGCUUAAUUAUAUCUGCAUUUGCAAAAUUGAGUUUAAUAAUCUGUUGUGACCACCAUUGAAGAAACAAUUUUGAUGGGAGACGAGCUGAGACAGGUAAUGGAAGGCUCUAAUCAAUGUGGAAAUCUAGGAAUUUCCUUCAAUACUCAGCUUUUGGGUAGCACAUACAAGGACAAGAAACAAUUACAGGAAAAUUCUAUCUACUCAGGUUUAGAUUUGGGGAUCCAAGGUCAUGAAAAGAGCAGAGGGUGGUCGACACUCAUCCUAGUUAAACCAGCAUUGCUCCGGGCUUAUUAUUUUACCUUUUGAUCAGGUGGAGUGGUUAAAGCUUUGCAGAGGCAAUGGGAAUGAUAUCUGAUAUAAAUCUAGGAAAAUUUAUGCUUCUGAUGUCUAGGAAAAUCUCACAAGAGAAUAAAGCUAAUCAGAAAAUGUCAUAGCUCCAUUGCAUGAUCACCCAGAACAUGAUACACUGAUUGGAUCUGAUUACUAACACACAUAAGCUAGUUAAAGCACAUUAUGAAGAUAUGAUUUGUAAUAAAAGUUCAUGAAUGGCUGGUUCAUUAUCUUGAUGCCCUCUUUGACUUGUAUUUAUGCAAAUCUAUACUGUUAACCAAUCUUUUUGCAGUAACUGGGGAGGGCUUGAUACACAUAAGAGAUUAAGAAGGCAGAUAGAUGCAAGUUGGAGGAUAAACUAUCACUUUUGUAUUGUUUUCUCUUGAGUAACUACAAAAUUGAUUAUAUACAAGUAUGGCUAUACAAUUGCUUAGCAAGAGAUGAUGUUCAGGAGAGAGCUCCUUAAUUUAAUCAUGCACCUAAAUAUGCUUUCCAUUUGAUUCUCAAUGGCCUCAAGUUGAGCUUCCAAUGUCUCCAGAUUGCCAGAUUUGUCAUGUUGGUAUUCACAUGCUACUCUUCCACUUUGUACCAAUUUUGAAACCAGUGACCACCUAGAUGGCUUAGGCUUCAAAACUGGCACAGACAAGAAAAGCAGGACAAACUGGAAAAUAGAAAGGCUCACUGUAGUUGCUUCUCUUAAUGCUCUAAUUGCUGCUGAGAUGUCAUGAUGCACUUCUAAGGGUGUUAAUCGAUCAAUCUCAUCAUCGAUUUUCUUUAUAGCUGCAAUUGACUUUUUUGCAUCCUUGUUCAUCUUCUUUAUGAAUGAAGUGUAUCGGGUGAUGGUAGAUUCAAUACUUGAAUCUUCCUUUCUCCUCCUCUGGGAGGAUUGGAGAUCUCUCAAGUUUUCUUUCAACUGAGAGACACUAUCUCUUGCUAGACCACAAAUAUCAAGAAGCCUCACUGAUUUCUCCAAUAAGCCAUCAACCCAUGUCUUAUUGUGACGUUGGGAGAGGGCUUGAAGGGCUUGUGGCAAGUUAAGAAGAUCAUCCAUGCAUUUGUAAAGCUCUUCUAAUCCAAGAAGACCACUGCUGAUUGUAGCUGCUUCUGGCGUGGCUGAUACUUGUAAUGUUUUGAGCUUGGUCAGCUCUUCUUCUGCUUUUUGAAUGCUUGGAUGUGAUAUGCUAGGGAAGCUAAUAGAUCGGGUGUGGUUGGAUUUUGCCAUUGUUGUAUUUUCUGGAAAAUAAACUCAACCUUUGUUUGUGUUGGCUAGAAUAAGCUCUAGACUUGGCUAUAUAUUGGCAGAUGGGAAGGUAUGAAGAUAAAAUUAGCACUAGGAUGUAGUAUUGUUAUCUGCAUGUGGUGCAAUGUGCCAUUCCUUGAACUUAGCCAACCUGUUAUUUACUUUGCCAACAAACUCUAAUCAUUUACAAUUCUUUAUUUCUUACACGCUUGGAACAAAUGAUGUGGAUCUCCCUUCAAAUGCAUUAAUAAAGGGAGGAUUGCAGAUCUCUCAAAUGUUCCUUCAACUGAGAGAUGCAGUCUCUUGCUAGACCACAAAUAUCAAGAAGCCUCACUGAUUUCUCCAAUAAGCCAUCAACCCAUUUCUUAUUCUGAUGUUGGGAGAUGGCUUGAAGGGUUUGUGGCAAGUUAAGAAGAUCAUCCAUGCACUUGUACAGCUGUUCUAAUCCAAGAAGACCACUGCUGAUUGUAGCUGCUUCUGGAGUGACUGAUACUUGUAAUGUUUUGAGCUUGGUGAGCUCUUCUUCCACCUUUUGAAUGCUCGGAUGUGAUCUGCUGGGAAAGCUAAUAGAUCGGACGUGGUUGGAUUUUACCAUUGUUGUAUUUUCUGUGUGUAACAGGAAAGUAAACUCAAGCUUGUGUUGGCUAGAAUAAGCUCUAGACUUGGUUAUAUAUUGGCAGGUUGGAAGGCAUGGAGAUAAGAACAGCAAUGUGCCAUUCCUUGAACUUAGCCAAGCUGUUAUUUACUUUGCCAACAAACUCUAAUCAUUUACAAUUCUUUAUUCCUCCCAGGCCUGGAACAAAUGCUGUGGAUCUCCCUUCAUCUGCAUUAAUAAAAGAUUUAUACCCAAAAUUUGCACGAGUGAAGAGAAGAAAUCCUAUGCUAUGUGCACGCAUGGUUGGUCAGAAUUGGUGGUUUUGCCAGCACAAUACAAGACUUGGUAGAUGCUGUGGUUAAAGAAAUAUAGGAAGAUCAUCAUUUCCCACGAACACGUUUUCUGCUGUAACCACACACACGUGUACACGGCUUAAUUAUAUCUGCAUUGAAAUAUUGAGUUUAAUAAUCUGUUGUGACCACCAUAGAAGAAACAAUUUUGAUGGGAGACGAUGAGACAGGUAAUGGAAGGCUCAGAUUAAUGUGGUA